AGUUGUUAGAAACAAGUGACGUCACUGUGAGACUUUAAUGGUAAGUUAGAAAGUCCAGGAAAGCUGCAGGUGCGAACAGAACCUGAGAAAACUGAAGGCCAAACAUGGCUUUAUCUGAGUUAUACACCAAGUACAACAGAGUCUGGAUACUGGAUGAAGAACAUGUUUGGAAAUCAGCUGAAAUCACCAAAGACUUCCACUCAGGAGAUAAUGUUCUUCAGUUGCUCCUUGAAGACGGCACUGUGCACCUCUACCCAGUCGAUCCCUCCAAACCGAAUCUGCCGCCUCUUAGAAACCCAGACAUCCUGGUGGGCGAGAACGACCUCACAGCCCUCAGCUACCUGCACGAGCCCGCAGUACUGCACAACCUCAAAGUCCGAUUCGUCGAGUCCAGGAUCAUCUAUACCUACUGUGGUAUUAUUCUGGUUGCUGUAAAUCCUUAUAAGCAGCUUCCCAUCUAUGGCGACGCAAUUAUUCAUGCCUAUUCAGGCCAGAACAUGGGAGACAUGGACCCCCAUAUAUUCGCUGUGGCUGAGGAAGCCUACAAACAAAUGGCCAGGAAUCAUAAAAACCAGUCUAUCAUUGUGAGCGGGGAGUCUGGAGCCGGUAAAACCGUAUCGGCACGUUAUGCUAUGAGGUACUUUGCUGUUGUGAGCAAAUCUGGAAGUGAUACUCGAGUAGAAGACAAAGUGCUGGCUUCCAAUCCCAUCACAGAGGCAAUAGGAAAUGCAAAAACCACCCGUAAUGACAACAGCAGCAGGUUUGGAAAAUACACAGAGAUCAGUUUUGACCGGAGGUAUCGAAUCAUCGGAGCGAACAUGAGGACUUACCUCUUGGAGAAAUCCAGAGUGGUUUUUCAGGCAGAGAAUGAACGCAACUACCACAUAUUCUACCAGAUGUGCUCCUGCGCAGACUCAGCAGAGUUUAAAACCCUCAGACUGCUGAGUGCAGAUGAGUUCAGGUACACCAGCAUGGGUGGAGACGUAACUAUCGAAGGCGUAGACGAUAAAAAGGACAUGGAGGAGACUCGUCGUACCUUCUCCCUUCUGGGUUUAAAAGAGGACUUUCAGUCAGAUGUGUUUAAAGUUAUAGCUGCUAUUUUGCAUUUGGGGAACGUGGAGAUCAGGAGCUCUGGGGAUGACAGGUCAUCUGCUCCUUCGAACGAUCCCCACCUGGCGGCGUUCUGUGACUUGCUGUCUGUGAGUCCAUCUGAACUGGUGCGGUGGCUGUGUCAUCGCCGGAUCGUUCUGGUGAGCGAAACGGUGGUAAAGCCGGUGCCGAAAGAGAGAGCAAUGGCCGCCAGAGAUGCUCUGGCUAAGCAGAUCUACGCCCACCUGUUUGACUGCAUCAUCACCAGGAUCAACACGGCGCUGCAGGUUCCAGGAAAACAACACGCCUUCAUUGGUGUUUUGGACAUUUACGGAUUUGAAACAUUUGACAUCAACAGCUUCGAACAGUUUUGCAUCAACUAUGCAAACGAAAAGCUCCAGCAGCAGUUUAACUUGCAUGUCUUCAAGUUGGAGCAAGAGGAGUACAUGAAGGAGGACAUCCCCUGGACACUAAUAGACUUUUAUGAUAAUCAACCCGUCAUUGAUCUGAUCGAAGCAAAAAUGGGGAUCCUUGACCUUCUGGAUGAAGAAUGUUUAUUUCCUCAGGGAACUGAUCAGAGCUGGUUACAGAAGCUGUAUAACUACCUGGAAGCCAAUCCCUUGUUUGAGAAACCCAGGUUAUCAAAUGAGGCAUUUGUGAUUCAACACUUUGCAGACAAGGUAGAAUACCAGUGCAGAGGUUUUCUUGAGAAGAACAGAGAUGCUCUUUAUGAAGAACUGGUGGACACAAUGAGAGCCAGUAAGUUUCCUUUUCUAGCAAACUUUUUCCAAGAGGAGGAGCAGAGUUCAGCAAACAGUAAAGGCGUCCGAGUCAAAGCAGCCAGGCCACCUGUGAAACCAGCCAAUAAGCAGCUCAGGACCUCAGUGGGAAAUAAGUUCUGCAGCUCCCUGUCUUUACUGAUGGAGACGCUGAACGCCACCACACCUCACUACGUGCGCUGCAUUAAGCCCAAUGAUGAGAAACUCCCAUUUGAAUAUGACUCAGGGCGAGUGGUGCAGCAGCUGCGGGCCUGUGGAGUACUGGAAACUAUUCGGAUCAGUGCACAGAGCUACCCAUCCAGAUGGACAUACAUUGAGUUUUACAGCCGAUACAGCAUCCUGAUGUCACAUUUGGAGGCAGACCUCACUGACAAAAAGGAAACGUGUAAAAAUGUCCUGCAGAGAUUGAUUCAGGACUCCAACCAGUACAAGUUUGGCCGUACAAAAAUCUUCUUCCGAGCCGGACAGGUAGCUUACCUGGAGAAGCUGCGUCUGGAUCGACUGCGGGGAGCAUGUGUGACCAUUCAGAAGCAUGUCCGAGGAUGGAGCCACAGGAGGAAGUACCUGAGGAUAAGAGAGGCAGCCAUCAUCCUCCAGCAGUACAUCCGAGGAAAGAGGACAAUCCGUAAAACGGUGACUGCUGAAAUACUGAAGCAGGGCUGGGCUGUGGUGGUGAUCCAGAGACACUGGAGAGGCUACCGCACCAGACAGGUCUACCAGAUCCUCCGUCUGGCCUCCAUCACCAUCCAAGCCUUCACCAGAGGCUGGAUGGCCAGGAAACGCUACAAGAAGAUGAUGGAGGAACACAAAGUUGUGGUUCUGCAGAAAUAUGCCAAAGCGUGGCUGGCCCGGCGGCGCUUUCAAACCAUGCGUCGACUCGUGCUCAAUGUCCAGCUCUCCUACAGGGUGCAGCAGCUCAGGAAGAAGAAUGAGGAGCAGAACAAAGAGAACCGAGGAUUGAUGGAAAGACUGACUAGCCUGGCCAGCACUCAUUCCCAAACAAUGGACAGAGUUCGCAGUCAGGAGGCGCAGCUGGAAAAAAUAACCAACCUGAAGGCCUCUGCAGAGGAAAGAGAAAGAAAAGCAAGAGAAGAAGCCAACCUGACAAUUAAUCAGCUUCAAAAGCAAAUAGAGGCUCUAAAGCUUGAAAAGGAAAACAUGGAGAAAAAGCUUGAAGCUUCCAUCAAAGAAACCAAGGAAAGUUUUGAUCAAGUGAAAAUGAGCCUUCAGGAAGAGAAAGAAAAUGAAGUCCGACUUAGAAAAAUUGCAGAAAACAACAUCGAGAUCCAGAGAUAUGAUAACGAGAAAGAGCUGGAAACUUUGAAGGAGGAGAUAAAGCGAUUAAAAGAGGAGAGAGUGAGUCUGAAGAGGAAGAUGGAAGAGGGAGCACAGGUGAGCUCUGACCUGCAGGAACAGGUCCUUCAGCUCACCAAGCAUGUGAAGGUCAUCCCAGAGCUGCGCAGAGACAUGAACAACUUGCAGAAUCAGAGGGAUAACCUGGACCGCAGGAUGAAGGAACAGUCAGAGCAAACAAGAGCGAAAACCAAGGAAAUCAUAAGACAGCUGCUUGGCGGUGUUGUUGAAGAGGAAAAAAUUGGAGGGUUUAUUCCAGACGAUUCUGAGAAGAUUUAUGAACCAGAUGAUUUACAUGAAGCUUUUGAGGGUCUUCAAAAAGCUACAAGGUUAAUGGAAAGCCACCAGAGGGAGCAGAAGGAGAUGUAUGAAUCUCAGCUGGAGGGCCUGAGCCUGAAAGUGGACCACCUUCAGAAUGAGAACAGCAAGCUGCAAAAUCUUUUCCAGGAAAAAAGUAACAUCAAUGAGGAUAUUCGCCAAGAGGUGUCCAGGCUCAGCAGUGAGAACUCUGUCAUACCAGAGCUGAAGCUGCAGGUUUCUGAGCUGCAGAGACAAAAGCAGGAGCUUGAUGUCGUUGUCAAGGAGCAGAGCUGCGAGUUAGCUGAGAAAAAUAAUGAGAUCAGCACCAUUCUCCACAAGAAGAUCGCAGAAGAAAGCACGCAACGCCGGCACUUUGAGGAGAGGGCCAAGGAGCUGGAUGAGACCAGGGAGCAGCUUCAGGGAAGGAUAGAGGAACUGGAGGAGGAGAACGAACACUUGAAAAGACAGCAGCUGAUGGAGGGAGAAGUGAAAAGAAAGCUGCGAGAGGAGGCGUCACAGUUAACCGCCGAAAACAUGGACUUGGAGGAGCAGCUUGACCAGAAGGAGCGAUGCAUCAAGAAACUCCAUAAGCAGAUAAAGAGUCUGAAACACUCACAGAGAGCGAAACAAAAUCCCGCUCUUCCUAAAGAAUACCUCGGCAUGUUGGAGUAUAGGAGGGAGGAUGAAGCAAGGCUCAUUCAAACUAUCAUCAUAGACCUGAAGCCCAAAGGUGUGGUGGUCAACGUGAUCCCGACUCUGCCAGCUUUCCUCCUGUUCAUGUGCGUCCGUCAUGCCGACUACCUGAAUGACGACAACAAACUGAAGUCUCUGAUGAAUUCCAUCAUUCAAGGGAUCAAAAAAGUCACUGCGGCUUACAAGGAAUUUGAAUCUUUGUCCUUCUGGCUCUCCAACACAUACCAGCUGCUCAACUGUCUAAAACAAUACAGCGGGGAGGAGGAGUUCCAGAAACAGAGCACAGCGCGUCAGAAAAAGAACUGCCUGCAGAACUUUGAUUUGUCCGAACACAGACAGAUUCUCAGCGACGUGGCCAUACAGAUCUACCAUCAGCUCAUCUCUGUCAUGCAGAAGACCCUCAUGCCUACUAUCGUGCCUGGUAUGUUGGAGCAUGAGAGCUUACAAGGAAUUUCUAGCAUGAAACCGACCGGCUUUAGGAAGCGUUCCAACAGUAUGUAUAAGGACUCAGAGAAAUACACCAUCUCCUCCAUCCUGCAGCAGCUGUCUGUCUUCCAUUCUGCCAUGAGCCACCACGGCAUGGAGCAGAGCCUGAUCAAACAGGUCGUCAAACAGCUCUUCUUCCUGGUUGGCGCCACCACCUUCAACCACAUCAUGCUUUGCAAAGACAUGUGCUCUUGCAGGAAAGGGAUGCAGAUUAGAUGUAACAUCAGUUACCUGGAAGAGUGGCUGAAGGAGAAUGAGCUCCAGAGCUCCGGGGGCAUCGAUACGUUGAGGCCUCUGGCUCAGGCUGCCUGGCUGCUGCAGGUCAACAAGUCCACUGAUGAAGACGCUCAAGAGAUUGCAGAAAAUUGCACUGAACUAAACCCUGAUCAGAUUGUUAAGAUUUUGAAUUCCUACACACCCAUAGAUGAUUUUGAGAAGCGAGUGACCUCAUCGUUUGUCCGCAAAGUUCAGUCCCUCCUCCAGGAAUAUGAAGGCUCUACACAGCUGAUGCUGGACACAGAUUAUCGCUUCCAGGUGACGUUUCCUUUCUGCGCCUCAUCAACAGCUUUAGAGUCCCUGCAGGUUCCCAGCAGCCUUCGUCUGGACUUCCUGACUAGGAUUUGAUGAUGGGAACCUUUAACCUUUUACUCAACAUGAAUCGUACUCAAGUCUUACCUCACUGUAUAUAAGCACUUCUUUGUAUGU